UCAAGGCAGUAUAGCUCCAGAAGACAGGAGCAGAAAGACAAGAUGAAUGAUGUGAAGCUUGCUGUCUUGGGUGGUGAAGGAACAGGAAAAUCUGCCCUUACAGUAAGGUUUCUCACCAAGCGAUUCAUUGGAGAAUAUGCCUCUAAUUUUGAAUCUAUCUAUAGUAAGCAUUUGUAUUUGGAAGGGAAGCAACUGAAUCUAGAAGUAUACGACCCCUGUUCUCAACCACAGAAAGCAAAAUUUUCCCUCACAAGUGAGCUGCACUGGGCAGAUGGGUUUGUUAUUGUGUAUGACAUCAGUGACAGGUCCUCAUUUGCUUUUGCAAAAGCCCUGAUCUACAGAAUUCGGGAGCCACAAACUAGUCAUUGUAAAAGAGCUAUGGAAUCAGCUGUGCUUUUGGUUGGUAACAAGCAAGAUCUCUGUCAUGUACGAGAGGUUGGCUGGGAAGAAGGGCAAAAGCUGGCAUUGGAUAACCGAUGCCAGUUCUGUGAAUUGUCCGCAGCAGAGCAGUCUCUGGAGGUAGAAAUGAUGUUUAUCAGAAUUAUCAAGGACAUCCUGACAAACUUCAAACUCAAAGAAAGGAGAAGACCCAGUGGAUCUAAAUCAAUGGCUAAAUUGAUCAAUAAUGUGUUUGGAAAGAGACGGAAAUCUGUUUAGCAAACAUGUAAUCCUAGGGGAUGUAUUAUGUCAGAGAGUUUCAAAUAUUCACAUGAUAAUUAAAUUUACCCUUUGUAUGCGGUUUCUUAAAAAAAAUAAUUCUCUUAGAGAUAUGAAAUGACUGAACAGAAGCCACAGCUGUGUUUUGAAAUAUACAUAGUUUGCUUUUUGGUUGUUUGUGUCUUGUACACUCUGCUUCACACUAAACCUUUUUCUUUAUUACACGGAAUAGCACUCACUAUAACUUCCUGAUGCGUUGCUAUCCAGUUUGCCUUGCCAAAUAAACUCUGCUUAAUAAUUUUA